AUGUCAACACCUUCCUUUCAUUCAUUAAUUCCAUCCGAAAUCACAGCUAGUACCGCCUACAAACUCCUUGACUUGAGUCGAAUUUUUCCACCACUCCCGAUUAAUGUUCAAAGAUAUAUAUCACCAAAUAACCGAAAAACUUUUAAAUCGUUUAAAUCUCUUCGAAACCAAAUCUUCCGUGAAAAUGUUAGACAGGAAGCUAAAAUGCAAGGCAUUGACAGAAAGUUGAUCAAAGGACUUUUUCGGCUGGAUCCCACACAAGAUUUUGAUUUUCUCGAUGGACAAUUUAAUAUUUUUUGA